AUGGUUGGUAAAAACAAUGGAUUUAUUAAACUUUUUUCCAAUGAAAUUUCGCAUCCUUUAAUCAACUUUCACUGUAUUAUACACCAAGAAGCGUUUUGUGCAAAAGAUAGUAUGAAAUCGCUUCAAAAAGUAAUGGAAACUGUUACAAAAAUUGUCAAUUUCAUAACAUCUCGAGCUUUAAACAACCGACAGUUUGCCAAAUUAUUAGAAGAGGUGGAAUCGCAAUACUCUGGCCUUCUUAUGUAUAAUAGUGUUCUAUGGUUGAGUCGCGGGCAAGUUCUUCAUCGAUUUGUUGAAUUACUGGCAGAAGUACGUUUAUUUUUGUCGGACAAAUCUCAAGAUUAUCCAGAGCUUACUGAUUUAAAUUGGUUGAAUGAUUUGAUGUUUUUCGCAGAUUUUACUGCAAUUUAUAAUGAUUUAAAUAAAAAAACUCCAAGACCGAGGUCAAACAGUUUUAACUAUGUUUGA